GCUAACCAAAACAUUAACAAGAUGUAAAAAUAUUCCAGUAACAAAUUUUCUAAACAAAUUUCUAUCGUCUUAGUAUUUAAUAAUAGUAAAAUAUAUAUGCGUAGUACGCAAAACGGUGAAACCUAUAAUAUAUACAUACAAAAUGUCAAAAACAUUUUUUUUUAAUUAUUUUAUUUUUUUUUAUUUAUUUUAUAUAAAUAAUUUUAUUAUCAAAUUAUUCGUCUAGUUAUCGAUAAGUAAUCAGCAGUUUUAAUUCACCGCUAACCUAAAACGCAUCAGCUGUUACGUCAAAAAAAUGAAAAAAUAUUAAAGCUAUCACUUGUUUUAUUAAAAUAAUUUGAAAAAAAUGCGUAUAUUCUCGCUAAGUAAUCGCUUCGCCAAUAUACGUACACGUAUAAGUGAUAAGUUUACAUUGCCCGAACGGUUUAAGGGCACUGUAGUUGAAAAGUGGGCACAGUAUUGGCGUGGUCUUACCAGCGACUAUACGGAUGUGAUGGUCGAUGUUGUGAAAAGUGCACGCACCAGACCGCGAAGGGCUCUUGUAUAUGGUGGUACAGGUUACGGUUUAUAUCAAUGUGCCAAACACAACCCAGAUGAAGAAGCAUUUAUGUAUUCAUUACGCGGUUGGAGCAAUCAAAUGUCCAUGGUGACUAAAACAUUACACAACCCGGUGUCAGAAGCAUACCUGCGCGAACUAGAAAUAUCCAUCAAUGAAAACAAACUUCGCACAUUUUCACUUGGUAUCUGUACGAUUUUAUGGAAAGAUUUGUACGAUAAGGAAGAUUGCACCUAUCCGGCUAUAUGCAAGUAUACACAAGUAGAUUAUACAAACUUUUGGAAACAUAUAGUAGAUAUUGGCUUUUGGGAUUACUACUGGCGUCUUGAGUGGAAAAUGUACAAUUUCGAUAUUAAUUAUUUAUAGUUACAACUAGUGUUAAGGAUUAUUGGCUUCUAUUAUUUUGACCAAAAAUAUAAAGUGUACAAAACGUUGAUCUUCUUGUAAAUUAACAACAGCUUUAUUUGACAAUUUAAAAUAAAGUCAAAACAACUUUGUUACGAAAAAUCUUAUUUUUUACUUUUAUCGCCGUUAAAAUGCUUUUCUAGUAUCGCAUUACAUUCAGGGAUCUUGCUUCCAUUGUUGAAUUUGCCUUGAAAAUUUGAUUCACGUCCAUUUCCUUUGCCUUGUAAAAGUUCCAUAAAGAGUUCACCGAACUUUUUUACUUCUUCCUCGUUACCUCUCAGUACCAUGAGACCUUUACCAUUAUUUGUUGAGUUUUCCGACACAGUGAGGAAGUAAAAUAUACCCUCAGGCGCAUUUCGUAAAAACGUGUUAAUGAAAUCUGGUUCUAUACCAUCUUUGCGAUGGAGGCAGUAAUACUUCGGAUAGGGUUGUGGAGUAUUCUCCAACUUUUCAGCUUCGGAAAUUGCAACAUCUUUUAACAACUUUUGAAAUGCUUUUGUCGAUGAUUUCAAAUUCAACUGCAAUUUCUGUAUCAAUUCCAAAUGUUGAGCUGGCCCACCUCUAGAUACAUGAAAUAACAGAUAUUGUGAACUAUGCGUGAAGAUGUAAUUUAAAAAUAAACAUAAAUAUUUACUUUAGCGCUAAAUUCAUUUGUUGCUCUCGUUGAAAGAUCUCCCCAAGCUUCCGAAGUACACGUUCACCCACUACAAAGUGAACAUUUAUUGCGCUUUUAACUUUUUCUGCGUAUAAUAAUUUGAUACACUGCAGCUGCGAUAAGUUUCUUACAUGUGUACCACAGCACAUAUUACUCUCGACACCUUCAAUGCAAACAACACGCGCCAAUCCAACAUGAUCUUUAGGUAAUCCCCGCGGAGCACGAGCGUCUUGAAACUUCACAUUCCAAAAUUUUUAGUUAUUGUGGUAAGAUAUAACAAAAAGAAUCAAUGAGUUUGUGUUAACAUAAUGUGAACUAAUGAUUGAAAUAUUGGAAUGCACACAUUUCGAAUGUAAGUUCACUUGACACUGAUAUAUAUAGUUCAAAUACUAAAUUACCUCUUUAGCAAUUUCUGGAUCCACCAACUGUACUGUGACCUCUCGACCCAUACGAAUUAGCUCAUUUGCCUUUUGUUCUAUUGAAUCUAAUGACUCACGAGUAAUUAGAUGUGUGGUAUCCAGCUCUAUAUAUGACGUGUCCGUUCCCAGCCACCAAGACGUGGUGUCAUAUUUAAAUUCACUGUCAAAUAAUGCUGUUAUCAAAUGUUGGCCAGAAUGCUGCUGCAUAUGAUCCAAUCGUCGAGUCCAAUCAAGCGACUGUUUUACUAUAUCGCCUUCCUCAAAUCCUUUUAUAGUUUCCACAAAAUGUAUUGCUUCUGUUCCUUUUCGUACUACAGAACGCACUGGGUAUUCAUUAAGGUGGCCAUAAUCGCAAGGUUGACCACCACCCUCGGGAAAAAGAAUUGUAUUUUCGCAAAUUACAUUAUAUCCUUCCAAUUGUCUUGCACUUGUUUCACCUGGUGGUAUCCAUUCCAACUUGGCGGCUUCACAAGACAAAACUUUUGUAGUAAACUAAUUGAAAAAAAUUGUUAAGCAUUGUAUAUACAUUUUAAUAAAUACUUGCUUGACGUAAGAAACUAUCCUCUUGACAUUUAAAAACCAUUUUUCAAUUAUUUUGCUACCAAACGUGCCGUAAAUUUGGUUAAUUAUGCAAAAAUUAUUGGCAAUAGUAAUAAACAAAAGUGAAAACAAAAACGUCCUUGUCGGCAACAGCUGACUGCAAAACAUUUUCUUUCUUAUCGGGCACACGGUUGCAAUAUGUAUGGAUAAAUAAUAAAAUAACAUAGUAGCUAUAAAUUUUACUAACAAAUUGGUUUUCAAAAUUCAAUAUAAAUUAAAUGCAAAUAUAGUUAUAUUUAAUCUUAAUCUUGCGAUAUAAAUAAAUGUGUUUACAAUGGCAUGCAACGAAGGAAAAAAAUUCAAAACUCAAGCUCCUGAAUGCAACAAAUUGGACUGUUGGUGCUUUCCAGAACCAUAUGUCGAUCGAAAGGUAACUGUGAAAAACAAAAAAUACUGCUGGCUAUAUCCUCAACAACGUGCAAAGGAUUUAAACAAAAUGUUACCGAAUUUUGACCAUUGCGAGACCCUUUAUACAAUAUGUGAUUACAGACUUGAAAACUAUGUAUUUAAACAAUUACUCUUGAUUGAAGAACAAAUUCACAAUUUUAAAAAUAAGUUAAAUAAGGAAAUCAAUUUCCAACGCAAAAUGUUGGAUGAUAUGUGGAAGCUAUCUCAACGAUUUUUACUAUUAACUCAAUAUUACGGUUGCGUUAAGCCAUAUCCUGACAUUGUGUCCAUACCGGCGGAAAAAAUCGCUCAAUGCAAAUUUCAGAAAAAACGGAAAGCAAUUCAAUAUUCUAAUUGCCGCUUGGUGUUUAUAUUGGACACACUUCGAACUUCAAUUGGAAAAUUAAAUCACGUAUGCUCUCAAAUGGAUAUGUCAGUUCAAAGUCGCUUUAUUUUAGGGGAUUAUAAAAUACGUCCAUUAUCAUACUACCGCAACUUAAUCGACGAUGCGUUCGAGUAUUUCAAUAAAGUACUAUGCAAUUUAAAAAGUUGGACUCAAUUGCUUAACAUAGGCGAUCCAAAUGCAAUAGACGACUACAGGGGCUUACUGGAUCCAAAGAAAAAGUUUGACGAGUUUAUAGAAACUGGAAAGAUGAAGUGUACAUGUCUGCGUACUAAAAAUCCUGAAUGUAUUAAUGAUUUUGUUAACAAAUGCUAAGGAUGCUGUACACAAGAAUAUUUAGAACACACUGAAUAAAUCUAAACUAAUUAUGAAAAUUUCAUCAAAAAAAAAGUUGAUCGAAUUUUACGAUGGCAGCAAAGUACUAAGUACUAGUUUUAUCAGUAUUCAAACACAUCUGGCAGCGCUUAUAACCUCAAAUGUUCAAGUUCCUUGAAAUCAACAAUAUUUAUUCAUUUAAUUACAUAUAGUUUUCUUUUAAACGUUUUUACACAAUUUUAUAGAGAAUUUUAGUCUCAAAUAAUGACUAGUGAGAACGACAUACAUUAUCAAAAAGAAGAGGAGACGCUGCGGCAACUACUUAAACUGGAAGAACUGUUUAGAGAGCACUUAGCGCUUACCAAACGUGAAAUGCUUCUUCAGAAAGACAUGGUAAACCGUCUGUGGGUUUUGUCUCAACGCUAUGUCAUUUUAAUAAGCACAACAGGCUGUUGUAAACAUCCAGAAGUGUAUUCUGGGCCCACAGAGGAUAUUUUGCUACGAGAAUAUACUGAUAAACUUAACCUUUUACGCACAUCCAAUUGCCGAAUUUCAGAUUCCUUAAGAAAACUACGGCAGCAAUGUACUGUUUUUAAUUCACUGCACAGUCAGUUAGAUUUAACGUUAGAAACUCCGUUUAUAAUUGGUGACACAUUUCAUAAACCAAUAUCAUAUUUUGUUGAGCUGGUAGACGAUUUAUUUAAAUAUUUACACGCGCUGAGUGUAAAAUUAAAAUAUUUGAGUCAUCAAUUGGAUCCGGUGGAUUUACUUGUCCUUGAGGAAUACAAAUCAGCUUUAGAGCCCUCUGAAGACUUCGAUGAAUACUUACUAGUUGGACUAAGUUACUGCAAAUGUUUGCGCCCAAAACAAAUUUGCCAGUAGGAAGAAAUCAAUCGCGUCUAAAUUGUAAAUGACUUGUUAGUAACUUGUGAUACUUCUGUUCCUUUAUCGAUUUGAAAUGUAAACAAAACACUUUUUGUUAAAUAAAACUGUAUCCUCAA